AUGUCCGCUCAAGGAACUUUCAAACAGGCCCCUCACAAACUCCUGGUCAUCCCUGGCCCUAUCGAAGUGGCGGAUGACGUUCUAUACGCCAAUGCUCAUCCUUCUAUGUCUCAUGUCUCCCCAGAUUUCAUUCCUGUCUUUGGAGAUUGCAUCCGCAUGAUUAGAGAGGUUCUCUUCACCCAAAACGCCCAGCCAUUCCUCAUCAGUGGAAGUGGUACACUUGGAUGGGACCAAGUUGCAGCCAACGUCAUCGAACCUGGGGAAGAUGCUCUCGUUCUCAACACUGGCUAUUUUGGCGAUAGCUUCACAGACUGCCUCGAGACAUACGGUGCCAAUGUCACGCAAUUAAAAGCCCCUAUCGGGGGCACCGUACCCUUCGAUUCACUCGAAUCCGCGCUGAAAGCUAAAUCGUACAAACUGCUCACAUUUACCCACGUCGAUACUUCAACCGGUGUUUUAUCAGAUGCUGCCCGCAUUGCCGAGACCGUGCGACGUGUUUCCCCGAGCACUCUUAUUGUCAUGGACGCAGUGUGUAGUGUUGCGUCUGAGGAAAUCAAAUUCGAUGAAUGGGGCCUGGAUGUCGUUCUGACCGCAAGUCAGAAGGGACUGGGAACCCCUCCUGGACUGAGCGUACUCGUUGCCAGCGAGCGAGCAAUUGCCUCAUGGGUGGACAGGAAAAAGAAAGGCGUAAGAGAAGGAAGCUACUAUGCAAGCUGGGGAAAAUGGCUUCCUAUCAUGAAAGCAUAUGAAUCCGGAUCACCAGCUUACUUUGCAACACCUCCCGUCAAUCUAAUUUACGCGUUCCACGCGUCGUUGUCCCUAAUUACUGCCAAAGCAAAGUCAGCAGAUGGUACACCACUUCCUUCAUUAACUGAGCGUUUCGCCUUGCAUCGCGCUGCAUCUCAGCGGAUAAAGUCAGCUGCCACUUCGUUGGGUUUUAAACAGGUUCCUCUGCAGGAUAAGGAGGCUGCGAAUGGAAUGACUGCUCUCUACUUCCCCACUGGCGUGCAAGCAUCCGAUUUGUUGCCUAGACUUGGAAAAAAGGGGAUUAUUGUUGCAGGUGGCUUACUGGCCAGCAUCAAAGAUACUUACUUCAGAAUAGGACACAUGGGAGUGUCUGUAGUCAACCAGGACCGUGGAGAUGUGGAGACUGUCGUCAAAGCUCUCAGUGAAUCCUUAGACGAAAUUUAUGAAGAGAAGGGAAUCAAGAAGUCGGACAAGUAG